AUAAGACCCAUAGUGUCAAAAAAUUCCUUUAACGUGGCGAGUAUAUUCUUAAAAGGUACUUCUGUUCCGUAUUUAAUAGCAGGAUAGAACAUUUCGCCUGGAAUUUUUUUCGCUCUACGAGGAUUUUAUCACGUAAAUAAAUUCUCACAUUUAGUUUUUCCUACUUCUUUCGUUCACUAUUUUCGUUAAGAAGCAUCGAUGAGUGACCAUGGUAUACUUGUCGUUGAGGAGAAGAGCAUCGUUGAUAGCCUUGACUCAGAAGAGGUUUCACAAUGUGAGCUUGCUAACGUCUCUUUUUGCUCUGAGGUAUCCUCGAUUGGCCCCAAAAGUUCAGAAUCGUUUCGAACUUCAAGAAAGAUAUCAAGUAUUUCAUUGGACACUGACGAAUGCGAAAGCGUCAAUAAUGAGAAGGUCAAGGGGAAGCAAUCCGAUGACGACAAACGCCACUGGAUGAUUCACGGUCCCAGCCGCGCGAAUUGGGAUCUUGACUACCAACGUAUCCUUGCUGAUCGCCAGAAUAAACUGAAUAAUUUUAUUCUUAGGCAAAGCAAAGCGGCUAAUGUCAAGCGUCACGAUCACCAUAUCAUGUUGCGGAUUCUAAUUAGUGAGGCCUACUUUCGAGACCCGGAUCGAGCAAAGAAUCGUCCUUUGUGGAAGAAGAUUGUGGCCGAGAUUGGGAAGGAAUAUUGGGGCGCUAAUGCCAUCUUCAACCUUUCUCCUGAUCCCUAUCACGACGUGCUUGCGAAGUUAUCCUCGAUGAUGAUCUGGAAUAAUAAGGCACGCCACUGGCGGUAUCAGUAUCAUGAUACGGAGUUGGAAGCACGACAGGCACGUCAGCUCGAGAUAUUGGAGCGUUUGAAGUUGAGUGGAAAGUUAUUCUUGUAGCGAAUUAAUUAUGCCAAGGAUUAAUAUUAAAUGCAUCAUUAAAAACACACACA